CAACUUGACCUUGGCCUCCAGCCGCGUCUCCAACCAGCCGAGGAAGAGAUGUUUGGUGCUCACAUCGAUUUCUUCUUCUCAUUUAGCUUGUUAUAAAGUCAGUUGUGUAGAGCAUCUUACCUGCAAACCCAUAACAAUUUGACUGUCUAAAAACUGGGUUUUGUAGCUAAAAGUUAUGAUAAAAAAUGUAGAAAUUAUUUGGAAAUAGAAAUAAUGUGUCAAAAUGUUCCAAAUAAUUUCACAUAUGACAUUCCGUUUUUAAACAUUAAGAUGAAAGAGUCUGCGCCCUCAAUAUUAGGUCUGAACGACUGAUGAAAAAAUAUUAAUUCUUUACACAUUUAAAUUUUUUUUCCUUCAUAAAAUUUCCCAUUAACAAAAUUUUGAUUUCUUCCACAAUUCUACAUACUUUCACACCUAAAGGGCACAAUAAUGAAUUCUAAGGAGUGUGCGGUGUCCUGUCUUCUCCAACAUUUUGCCUCAUCUGCAUUAUCCUCUAGACGUGUAAGGUCUUCUUUGCAUAUCACGUGUUUGCUCUUGUCCAAUAAACUCGCGUUCCUCGUGCACCCAGGCGAGCUGCUAUCGGUACUCUGCCUGAGUCCCUGUCUCCGCUCAGUUGAUGGGAUUUUGAAAGGGUUGGUCGUCUCAAUGGGCAUGCUAUGACCGCCUCAUUGCUCCUCCACUCGCGCUGGAUUGACCCGGUGAUGUUCCUCUACGACAGCGCUUUGGAUGAGAGAAACAAGAACAUGGAGGGGUUCACUGGAGGCAACUUUUCUGCGAAUCAGUGCAGGAAUCUGUUAGCGCACCCAACCUCCCUGGCUCCCAGCACCACCUACACGGCGAAUGAGGUGCCAGUCUCUGGCAUGGCGGAGCCUGGCAAACAAUGCAGCCCCUGUUCUGCCACUCAGAGUUCAUCCAAUGCGUCCUUGCCAUAUGGAUAUUUUGGCAGCAGUUAUUAUCCGUGCAGGAUGUCCCACGGCGGCGUCAAAGCGUGCGCGCAGCCCUCUGGUUUCGGGGAUAAAUACGUGGACUCAUCCGUCUCUGGUGAGGAGUUCUCGGCUCGAGCGAAGGAAUUUGCCUUCUACCAGGGUUAUUCCUCGGGUCCAUACCAGCCCAGCUACCUGGAUGUGCCAGUGGUCCCUGCUCUGACUGCCCCCUCUGAGCCGAGACACGAGUCCCUGCUGCCCAUGGAGCCCUACCAGUCGUGGGCCAUCACCAACGGCUGGAAUGGGCAAGUUUACUGCGCCAAGGAGCAACAGCAGUCAAAUCCUUUGUGGAAAUCCUCUUUACAAGACACUUUAAGUGGCGAAAGCGCAGUGCGCCGCGGGAGAAAGAAACGUGUGCCAUACACCAAGGUGCAGCUGAAAGAACUUGAAAGAGAAUAUGCCUCCAAUAAGUUCAUCACCAAGGACAAAAGGAGGAGGAUAUCCGCGCAGACAAACCUCACGGAGCGACAAGUGACAAUCUGGUUUCAGAAUCGGCGCGUAAAGGAGAAAAAAAUCGUCAAUAAAUUCAAGAGUUCCAGUUAGCUCUGGAUACACUAACAAGAAGUGAAAGGCGGACAUGGAUGUACUUUCAUCCAAAAACUAUGGUAUAAUUUAUUACAUUAUGGACAGCUUUCAUGUCGCCUGAGUGGCUCUGUUUGAACUAAACAUUUCCCAUCUCACGUUUUAAUUGGAACCAGUCGAUGCGGGCUGUUGACAGAAGAUCGGAAAUGGCCAGGAAUUUAAGGUGGUUCCACAGGCCGGGGAUGCUUUGAUACUAGGAGAAGACUGCUUCUCAAAGCGGGACACUCAUUUCAGCUUUGGUUUUUCCCCCCUCCUUUAAAUCCAAUUUAAAAUGUAAAGUGUAUAAUAAUUUAUUCCACACUUUCUUGGCUUAAGGCGCGCGCCAUGAACCAAAAGCUACGGUCUUUUGACACAAAAUGAAGACAUCAGACCAUGAAAUGUUUAAUGAAUUAAACUUUUAAUUCAAAGGAAAAAAGAAAAUAUUUAUUUAGGCUGUAUUUCACAUCAAAAUAAAUACACUUCAACCGUAAAAUGGGAGUUUACGCAAAGACUGAGCUUUAAAAGUUCAACUAUCACAAAAAAAGCACUUACUUACUGCUCUUAGAUAAAUAAUAAUAACUCGCAUGUCAACUGACUGUUAACUAAUAGGAAAAUAAUGGAAUAUUUUAAAAGCAUUUAUUCAUGUACAUACUAAUACUGAAGCCAUCUAUCCUCUGUUAUGAUAAUAUAAGCCAACGUUUUGACAAUAAAUGAUUGAGAUAUGCAGUGUGUUUUUGUCAAAUUUAUUUAUUAAUUUGUUCACCUCAAAUUGGUUUAUUAUAAGGUAUAAAAAUAAACGAAUAAAAAUAAUGAUGUGAUACUUAUAUUUCAUUUUAUUGUUCUGUAUGAUGUGAUAACGUGUGUGGGCCUACGGGGCCCUUACACAGGAGAACGAUCUGGUCACUUUCUAAGUUCUGUCGCCAUCUAGUGGUAUAGCUGCGUAAGCACAGGAUAUGACAAAGAUGAAAAAGAAAAAUAAUUUAGAAAGAAUUUUAUUUUAUCGUUGUAUUGCGUGUUUUAAAUACAUAUUUUUAUUACCAAAUUUUUUAAAACUACUUUUACUAUUGUUUUUUCUUUGUUAUUGUUUACAUGCCAGUAUACACUGGCUGAUUGAUACACUGGGGGGGGGGGUGUUCUGGAAUAUGAAAUAUAGGAUAUAAAAUUCUUAGAUUGAUAUUAAGUGGUUUUGAAAUAUAUGUAAUACUUAAAUGUUUUGGAUGCUAUCUUUUUGUUAAAUUUGUCUAGGUUUGAAACUAAAGGGUCACUUUUUCUGAAAGAAAAAAACACUUUUUUUUUCCUUUUGAGAAUAACAAAUGUUAGCGUAAUUAUAAUUUUUCCCAUUGGCAUUUAUUAAAUAAACUUGGUUUGCAAUGGUCAUUUUACAAACCAAAUGAUAAGUGUUAUUUUCUUGAUGUUAUGGUUAGGCCUUCCUCUCAAAAAGCAUUAAAAACUGAAGAUUCAGAUUGGAGUAACCCUUUCUCGGCAUCUCAGCAUCUCAGCAUCAAAGCAGUCACACUGUGUGUGCGAGGGGGUUGUGUAUUAUCCCAAAACGAAGAAAAAUAAACAAAUAGUAAUAAAAAAAUAAAUGAAAAACAAUUUGCUAUAACGAGCAAAACCAGCAAAUUGGAUCGACAACUGACUAAAAUACCAAAACUAGAGGUGGGCUAUACUGUUGAUGAUUACUGACUGAAAAACAAAGUUUAGUGAUUUAGAAUGCAGACUUCCAUGGAGGUUAAAAUUUUCUUUGAGUUCUUCAUUGAACCAUCUCUUUUUUUCUGUGUCAUUACGCCCCCUACAGUCACACAUGCUGAACAGAUAUUCAAACAUUAUUAUGGAAAUAAAAUAAAAUGCGCGCAUAAAAAGGAGGGAUUUUGAAUAACAGUGUCUUAUGAUAAUAAAAAAACACAAAUAAUAAUAUUAACACAUUGUUUGCAUUUGCAAUACAUAUAAAAUAAAAGACAGUAAAAAUAAAGUUCUCAUUUGUUGCAAAAACCAACACUCAUUUACUCAAAUAUUCAGAAAAAUGAAUAGUAUUAAUAUUAUCUAAAAUAUAAGACUUGUUUAUUUUUGUUUUGUUACAGUUUAAAAAUCUUUUUGCCUGGCAUUUCACUUACUUUCAAUUAAAUAAAUCAACCAUCGCAACAGUUUUUGUUCUUCUUUUUUUCUCAUAAUCACUUUAAAUCCAAAUAAAUGUUGCUCUGCAGUGCAGGUGGUUCGGGCUCAUUUGGAUUUUUACCGUUUGGGCAAAA